UUUAAAAGUGUAAAAUAAUAAUUUUAAAUUAUUUGCAAAAUAUCGUUGGCACUUAAGGGUUAAUGCUACCGUUAUAUUUAUCUAUCUGUGUGGCAACUCCACUCGUCUCCAACAGUUUCCCCACAGCUGGCAACGCCCCGUAACGGUUGCCAAACAAAUUACCGUUGCAUGGCAACUCGUUUGUUUGUGCCUUUGUUUACAAGUUAACAAAAUCCUUUUGCAAGGACGCACAAUGGACCUAAUCAAGGAGAUCAACGACAAAUACAUGGCGCUCGAGGCGGAGAUCGACCAGAAACUGGAGAAAGUGCAAGCCGAGGAACUAAAGCUGGAACGGCAGAACGAGCAGCUGGCCGAGACUUCAAUCUGUGCACCUGCUCCCAAGGUUCUGUCCUACGAAGACGCUCUCCUGCGGAACACCAACACCCUGAAGGCUCUGGAAAUAGCCAAGGCCCGUUUGAGAUCGCGUUCCACGUACUCCCCCGUCGAGAAACUCCUCCAACAAGCCCUGCAGAACUACCGACGGGAGCUGGAGAGUCUGCAGGACGCAGAGGAUAGGCGCAAGGAUCAGGAGAACCCAGAAAACCAGGAGGAGGGGGAGGAGGAGGAAAACCUCUAUGAUCUGGUCAUGCAGAAUGUGAUGGAGGCCAAGCGGCAACAGACCGAUCUAUAAGACAUGUAUUUCCCUGGAACUCGAGCAAUUCAUGAGGCCACAUAUGAUCCAGUUGUAUAUAUUGUUCACCAGUGAGACACUGCCAAGCUGAAUAAACAAGCCGCAAGUGUACACAUUUGCUGGAAAUUGAAUCGAGAAA